GGAACAGCGUUGCCAGCCUUUAGCAGCCGUUCGAGUCGCCCGCUGUGCAGCUUCUUCCUCCGGCCCGACCAACUGGAAACAUGCUCUCCUUUGCUCUGCGACAGCUAGCACGGCCUCUGUGCCAGCGGGCCCCGGUGCGUCUCGGCGUCCGCGGUCAGCAGUCUCACGCCGCCACCCGCGUUGUGGAGGAAGAUCGCCCAUGGACCGGUCAGGAGAGCCUGGCUCAGGAUGACCCCGAGAUGUGGGAUCUGCUGCAGAAGGAGAAGGACAGGCAAUGCCGCGGUCUGGAGCUGAUCGCAUCCGAGAAUUUCUGCAGCCGCGCAGCUCUGGAAGCUCAGGGCUCCUGUCUGAACAACAAAUACUCUGAAGGCUACCCAGGGAGAAGGUACUAUGGAGGAGCCGAAGUGGUGGACCAGAUCGAGCUUCUGUGUCAGAAGCGGGCCCUCGAGGCCUUCGACCUGGAUCCCGCUCUUUGGGGCGUCAACGUCCAGCCGUACUCCGGUUCUCCCGCUAACUUCGCCGUGUACACCGCCGUGCUCAAGCCGCACGACCGCAUCAUGGGCCUGGACCUGCCGGACGGGGGACAUCUCACCCAUGGCUACAUGUCUGAUGUGAAGAGGAUCUCAGCCACGUCCAUCUAUUUUGAGUCAAUGCCCUACAAGCUCAAUACUGCAACAGGACUUAUAGACUACGACCAGAUGGAGAUGACGGCCAAGCUGUUCCGGCCCCGGCUCAUCAUCGCUGGCACCAGCGCCUAUGCCCGCCUCAUUGACUACGCCCGCGUCAAGAAGCUGUGCACAGACAUUAAGGCGUACCUGCUUGCGGACAUGGCUCACAUCAGCGGCCUGGUGGCAGCCAAAGCCAUCCCCUCCCCCUUCGAGUACGCCGACCUCGUCACCUCCACCACACACAAGUCUCUGCGAGGGGCCAGGGCCGGCCUCAUCUUCUACCGUAAAGGCGUCCGAUCCGUCGACAAGAAAGGAAAGGAAAUCAUGUACGACUUGGAGGACAAGGUCAACUUCUCCGUCUUCCCCUCGCUGCAGGGCGGACCUCAUAACCACGCCAUCGCUGGUGUGGCUGUGGCACUUCGACAGGCUCAGUCUCCCAUGUUCAGGGAGUAUAUCGGCCAGGUGAUGAAGAACGCCAAGGCUAUGGCUGCUGCUCUCCUCAGCAAAGGCUACACUCUGGUUUCAGGCGGGACCGAUAAUCACCUGGUCCUGGUGGACCUGCGGCCGAAGGGCAUCGACGGGGCUCGAGCGGAGCGGGUGCUGGAGCUGGUGUCAAUCACCGCCAAUAAGAACACCUGCCCCGGGGACAAGAGCGCCCUGACUCCCGGUGGCCUCAGGCUGGGUGCUCCGGCUUUGACCUCCAGACAGUUUAAAGAAGCCGACUUUGUGCAGGUUGUUGAGUUUAUGGAUGAAGGCUUCCAGAUCGCUUUGGAUGUCAAGAAAAAGACAGGAAAGCUGCAGGACUUUAGGAACUUCCUCCUUCAGGACCCAGAAACGGUGGCUCGCAUCGCAGACCUGCGCCACCGCGUCGAAGCCUUCGCCAGGCCCUUCCCCAUGCCAGGCUUCCACGACCAUUAGGCCGCCCGCCGCCGAGUCGCUGGUCUGGAGCUGCCAAAUGGAGGAAAGGCGGCCGGGCAGCUGUGUGCACCGAGAAAAUG